AUGCGACGCUUCGCAUCAGGUGUCACCACCGAGAGCCACGAGCUGUACCCUGUCUUCAUGAGGCAGCUGUCUCACUGCAUCUUUGAGGUUGACCCUCACGAUGCCAGCCGUCUCUGUAAGGCCAAGCGGUCCGAGCUGGAGGGGAAGCACGGGAUGGUCGGCCUGACUGACGUCGAGGUGAUCCAGAGGAUCUCCAGGGAGGAGUGGAGGCUCCACUGCCGUCGCCGGACACGUGGAGCCGAGGAAACCGCCCUCCUCAUCCAGGAUCUCCUCGACACCUUCAGUGGACCAGCAGGUCGCAACAUCCUGGACGUCCCGUUGCUCGACGCUCUCCGCAUCCAGGACAUAUGGAGUACGCAGAGGCAUCACCUCAGCUGCAUCCAGGACCCACCAGGGGUGCAGCUGUACACACAGACAGGCGGGCUGACCAAGGGCGGCGUCAGCCUGCCUGUUUAUCGCUGCGCGAGGGGCUCCACGUCGUUGGAGUCCUUCCACCUCCACCUCAACCGGUUCAUCCCAGGAACACGAGCCAGUGACAAGCACUUCCAGGCGUUCCUGGUAGAUGGACUGGUGAGGUGGAAUGAGGACCGCGCAGCAGCAGCUGCACCCCCAGAUGCAGCUGAGGGACAGGUGGUGCCUCUGCACUCCUACAGUGGCCACCUCAAGCACGUCCUUAACCAGAAGAGCCAAAGGGUGCUUGGCCUUCAGAUGGUUAAGGACUUCACCCAGCCUGCUGAGUACACAGGUAUACCAUGUGGGAAAAAUGUAUUAAUAUAUAAUAAUAUAUAUAAUAUAUAUAUAUAA